AUGCCACCCCCACGCAGACUCCCACGUCUACUCACCAUCUCCCUCCUCCCUCUUUCCCUCGCCCUCAUCCUCCGCCCUCUCCUCAAGCUGCCUUCCUCACUCGCCCUCCCAGCCCUGGAGACAAACCUCGGCUUUGCUAUCCUCGCUUUUGUCGCUGUGGUACACUUGAUACCUGCGCUAGGAGAGAACUUUAUCAAGGCUGGGUUGAAAGGGAGGGACAUGUUGAAGACGUAUGAUGAUCCUAUACCAGAAUGUCAAGGGCUCAUCUGCGCAGCGGUGUACAUCACCCUACUCACGCUGUUCAUCCCGUUCCCCUUCUCGAGUUUCUUCGCAAGGGAUAGAGACACGAGCUUAGCCGGUCUUGCAAAGGGAGACUUCCCCCAUCAGCAGCUCGCAACAUACCUCUCCGCUCUCCUCUCCUUCCUCGCUGCUACCAUGCUCGGUCUACUAGACGACCUUUUCGAUAUCCGCUGGCGGUACAAGCUUCCCAUCCCUAUUAUCGCCUCUAUCCCCCUGCUUAUGGUGUACUACGCCGAGCAAGGGCUCACAACAGUAGUGCUACCUAUCCCGUUACGGCCGUUCUUCGGUACGAUUGUCCAGCUUGGCCCCCUGUACUACGUCUACAUGUCUCUCCUCUCGACCUUCUGCACGAACGCGAUAAACAUCCUUGCAGGAAUAAACGGCGUCGAAGUGGGCCAAGCGCUCAUCAUCUCCCUCUCCGUAGCGCUGAACGACCUCCUAUACCUGCCCUGGCCGUACACUCUCCGCGUGGGGUCUAAGGUGCUCGGAGGAGAGUGGGGCGCGGGCCUCGCGUUCGGGAGCAAGGAGCUUGUGGAGAGGCACUUGUUGAGCUUGUACUUUAUGCUGCCGCUCAUCGGAGUCUGCGCAGGGCUGAUGUUCCACAACUGGUACCCGGCCCGCGCGUUCCCAGGUGACACCCUCUGCUACUUCACAGGCAUGGCCAUCGCCGCCGCGGGCAUACUGGGCCACUUCAGCAAGACGCUCCUGCUGUUUUUCAUCCCCCAGAUAUUCAACUUCCUCCUCAGCUGUCCCCAGCUGUUCUUAAUCGUACCCUGUCCAAGGCACCGGCUUCCCAAACUGAACAAAGAUACGAUGCUCUUAAACACCUCCGAAGCGGAUCUGUCAAACGAGCCACCCUCGUCUCUGCGAGACCUCGUCCUCCAACUCCUCGCCUUCCUCCGUCUGACCCGUCUAACCACAGACCUGAAAACGGGGCGCAUCACCGCCUGCACCAACCUGACCAUCCUGAACGUGUUGUUGUACUGGUUUGGGCCGAUGAGCGAGGAGGAUCUGGUUGUUAGAGUCAUGCUUACUCAAUGUGCGGGCAGCGCUUUGGCGUUCGUGGUCCGGUAUGGUGUGGCCGGGUUGAUAUAUGAUGGUGACCGGAGGUAGCGCAACUCCGUGCGGCAGGGAAGAUACCUAUUGCUAGAUGC